AUUUUAUGGCACGCUGUGGCUGUCAGUGCGUUUUGAUCAGGUUUUGAUUCACAUUGAACUUAAAUAUCUAGAAAAUCUAUACACGUGAAAGACUAUCCCAGUCUAUCAGCCAUGAAACCUGCGGUGGACGAGAUGUUUCCCGAAGGUGCUGGACCAUAUGUGGACUUAGACGAGGCUGGGGGAAGCACAGGACUGCUCAUGGACCUGUCCGCCAAUGAAAAGGCAGUGCAUGCAGACUUCUUCAAUGAUUUUGAAGACCUGUUUGACGACGAUGACAUCCUGUAAGAGAAGCUGCACAUCCUCUGCGCGUUGACGGACCAUAUUCAACCCUCUUUCCCCUCUUAACUUUUUGUGGACACCAAACCUGACAUUUUCUGCCCUAAUAACAUACAAUUUGGCUUUCAUAGUUGUCCCAUUUCUGCCGGGUUUUAAAACAUCCCUGAAAAAGUGGCCAUAGGAUCCAGAUGUUGUGAAAUAGUUAACAUCGCAGGGAUUCUUUCAUAUGGUUAAAUUAUGAGGCAGUAUCGCGCUGGCGGCUCAUACCCAGUUGAAGCUGGAUUGUAGGUUUGUGCGAGGCUAAAACACCUGUUAGCUUCUGCAGUAAUUACAUGUGAUGGGCCGAGGCUCCAAGGCCCUAAACUGCUGCAGCUGGGAUCAUAUGAUAAAUGUGCAGAGCAGAGGAGGGAGACUGAAAAUAUGUAAAGGAGGACUAUGGAACUUUUCCGGUGGAGGCAGGUUGUCUGUGGAGAUUGCAUGAUUUGACUUCAAUGUUUCACAGUAUGACAUUAAACUUUAUCUUUUCUUCUUCGUGA